CACACACACAGGCGUGCACGCGCGAGGAUAAACACUCGCACUGGAGGGGAGGGGGGAGGAGGAGGAGGAGGAGGAGGAGGCGGAUCAGGUCCUGACUUCCAGGACUUCCUCAGCACCAGAGCAGCAGAACACACACACACACGGACAGGUCGCGAUCAUGGCCGACUCCUCUUCCUGCUCCAGCCGCUCCACCUUUGCAGUCAUGGUGGGCUUGUCCCAGAUCCUGGGCCUGGGCUCGGUGGUCCUGAUCGGGGUGUGGAUGGGUCACUAUCACGGGGGUUUUGCUUGGGACGGAUCAGCGUACCAGUUCAACGUUCACCCUCUGUGCAUGGUCCUGGGGCUGGUGUUCCUGCAGGGGGACGCCAUCCUUGUUUACAGAGUGUUUCGCAACGAGGAGAAGAAAAACGUGAAGAUGCUCCACGGAUUGAUCCACCUGUUGGCCCUCGUCGUCAGCAUCGUGGGCGUGACAGCCGUGUUUGAAAAUCACGCAGCGUCAAACAUCACCCACAUGUACACUCUGCACAGCUGGUGUGGCAUCAUCACCUUAAUACUGUUCUUCUCACAGUGGAUCAUGGGAUUGCUCUUCUUCCUGUUUCCUGUUGCAUCGUCACGGUUACGAGCCGCGUACCUCCCCGUCCACGUGGUGUGCGGCGUGGUCCUGCUGGUCAUGUCCAUCGGGACCAGUCUGCUGGGAAUCACAGAGAAGCUCCUGUUCAGUAUCCUGACCACCUACUCCUCAUUUCCACCAGAGGGCGUGUUUGCUAACAUUUUGGGACUGGUGCUGGUGAGUUUUGGCGUGGUGGUGGGCUAUCUGAUCACCAAGGAGGAGUACAGGCGCCCCCCCAAUCCAGAGGAGUUGUCGCUGUCCGUCCACUUUAAGACCCUGACCGAGACCGGGUCGCCAACCACGCCUUGAACUCUAGACUGACCAAUGACACCACCGAUGUUCUGCCUGCCAACCAGCUGUGCUACCAGUGUUCACAUCCUGUCGCCUUCGCUGCUUUAGUCUGACGUGGUUUUUAUCAGAAUCAGAAUCGUUCAUGUCACUGAAGCCCAAACUCGCCCACACCUCGCCCACACUGCCCUCUCUUAUCACAGUCACUGUUUUUGUUUUCCAUAUUUUCUAGAUGCUACACAGUAAAUACUGUUCUUGUCAUGACCUUGAAUUUUCAGGAAACUGAAUCAGAAGUUUUUUAAUCUGAUUACAAACGAUAAUACUUUAACAAAACCUGGACGUUGUCUUUGGAAUUUUUGAAGCCCCACAAAAAAACAUUUGUUGCUUUUCUUUCAUGUAAAAAUGUUAUUAUUUAAGAUGCAUUCAUCGGCUGUACUUCCCAUAUUUAAUGACACACAAAAGCUCAGACGUCAUUGGCUGUAAAUGAAAGAACUGACCUGCAGCCGAGAGCACAAGACGAAGCCACCACCAGGAGGCGUCGUUUUCCCGACACGUCAGCUCAAUUCAGGAUGAUGUCAUGGCCUUUAAUAGUCAAAAAGCAUAACAGAAAAUGAGAAAGUUUGGUGAAAGAAAAGGUAGAACUGAGAAAAAAGUAAAAAUGAAACCUGUUUAACCUCACAGUUUCAGUGAACUGUACCGAACUGUACCGAACUGUACCAUGUGCCAAUGUAGUCUGACUGUAAGUGUUGGUCCGUUGUUGUUGUUGUUGUUCUUCAGUCGUGUUUCUGUUUGUGCAUAUACGUCAGUCUGAAGCUUUAAAAUUAAAGAAUAUUUUACCUUU